AUGCUUCCAUCCCAAAUUACUAGUGUGGCUGGCCCGUUGAUGACCUUGCCAGCCUGGCAUCCACAGAGCCUUUUCCAACAUACGACCUCUUCCUCCAGUCCUGUAUGUACUAAGGAUCAGCAGCUAAUGACCGAAUUUGCAGCUGGAGGAACGUCUGUUAAUUACCUGGACCUAGCUGCGGAGGAAAAAGCUGAUAAUAAAACAUCCACAGAGAUGGUACAUGGCCGUUUAAUCUCCUCGACUGGUCAGCAACUUGGAAAGAUUAUGCUAGAAGGGGUUAGUCUUUUGUAA